AUGGCACAAGAAUCUCAAAAUGUUGAGGAGCCAAUGUGGCCUCCCCACAUUGAAAAAAUCUUCAUUGAUAUUAUGGUGGAUGAACAACAAAAGGAGAAUAUGGAACAUGGUAUUUUUAAGGCUACAACUUGGCUAUCAAUUACGAAUGCCCUAAAUGAGCAAACGGGGAAGAGUUUUCACCCUAAGCAAGUGAUUCAGAGGCAUAAUAGGCUUAGGCAAAAGCAGAGAAAGUGGAGCCAGCUUUUGAGCCAUACUAGGUUAGGGUGGGAUGAGACAACCCAAACAGUUAUUGCUUCUGAGGAGGUGUGGGCGCAUAUGGCUGCGCUGUUUGCUCAUAAUGCUGCAACCGAUGCCUUUCAAAUUUCAUUAAACACACUAGCCCCAAAUAGUGAUGAAGAGCAUGCUCCAGAGGAGGAAAUUGCCAAUGAGACUCGUCGUACCCAGUUGGGUGCCGAUGAUUGCUACAAUCUUGACAUGGAGGGCAUAACCCAAGAUGAUCCCUUUGCUACGGAGCAAACCCAACGUGCGGAUAAACGUCCCAUUGAAGAGCCUAUUGGCAAGGGAAAGAAGGUUGCCAAGAAAGCGGAUAGGGCUAGUGACAUGACCAUUGCUCUUCAAGAGUACACUGUGUUGGCAAGGGAACGUUUUAACAAAAAAAAGAGCAAGUCUAUGGGUAACUCCGACCAUGUUGCACAAUCUGCUAGUGGUGACGAUCCUUCUUCCCUUGGGAGGACUUUAGAGAUGCUGAACCAGUACAAUGAUCUUCAUGAUGACACCUAUAUUAACAUCUCCAAGGUUCUCCAAAAAAGAGAGAGAUGGGUGGUGUUCAUGGGCAUGCCAGAAUAUAGGAGAAGAAGGUGGAUGGAGCGCUAUGCUCACGGCCCAUAA